AUGGAGGUGGAGGAGGAGGAAAGACGCUCUCCACACGAUCAUGUGGAUCGGUGUGUUCCCGAGAGCUUCUUUGAUCGCGUAACGCAAGGGUUACGCGACGAUCUCGAGCAUGAGCGGAAUAGGCGUCUCCAGAUGGUGGACACUGCCUCGAAGCAUCGAGCUGAGUUUGCCUUUGCUCAGCUUGAGAACGAGAGAUCUCUGACAUCUCUUCGUGACGAGCUAAGGGUAGCUCGUGGGAUUGUUGAUCGGUCUCGGGCUGAGAUAACUGCUCUUCAGACCCUUGUUGAUGCCCACCAUCAGGAGCACAAGGCUCUCUGCGAGAUGCUUGAGCGCAAGGGCGUUCUUCUAUCGGAAGAAGCAGCGUACUGA